ACACCAUUUCACAGAGGUGACCAAAGCACAAACAUCAGACGCUGCUAAAAGGUUCAACAAGCGAUGGACAUCAAAAUAGAAAGUGAGAAGGAUGAAGAAAGGGUGGCACUGCUGAGAGAUAGUGAGGUGCCAGAAGCAGAGAGGAACCUCAUUCAGAAAGCCAUUAGUCAGACAUUUCAGAGCACUGCUCAUUUGGCCAACCUUUUACCAACUGGCACAGUUCUUGCUUUCCAACUUCUGUCUCCGAUCUUCACAAACCUUGGCAACUGUGACUCUGUCAGCAAGGCCAUGACUGCUGCACUUGUAUCUCUCUGUGCUGCUUCCUGCUUCCUGUUAUGUUUAACUGAUAGCUUCAGAGACAACAAGGGGAACAUCUGCUAUGGGUUUGCCACCCGCAGGGGCUUGUGGGUCAUUGAUGGAUCAACCACUCUUCCACCUCAACUUGCUGCAAAAUAUUGCCUCAAGUUCAUAGAUAUCGUGCAUGCAGUGAUGUCAGUUUUGGUGUUUGCAGCAAUUGCGUUGUUUGAUCAAAAUGUGGUGAAUUGCUUCUUUCCCGCACCCUCAACUCAGAUACAGGAAAUCCUCACGGCAUUGCCAGUGGGAAUUGGCGUUUUGGGCAGCAUGUUCUUUGUUGCGUUUCCUACACAGAGGCAUGGAAUUGGAUUCCCCCUUUCAACAAAUUAAUGAUCUUUUAUGUUUACUAUCAACUUUGUCACCCAUCUCUAUAGUUUAAUUGGAUGGAUUAGACCUUGUUUCUGGAACAAAUUACUUAAAUUCAGUCCACAUUCAUUGUUUAAAUCUUGUAUUAUUCCAUUGGUUAGAACUUAUAAGCACUGUCUUGAAUACAAAAGCAAAAUUUUACGCCAA